AUGGAGCUCAAGAACAUCGCCAUUCUUGGACCUGGGGGAAAUGUCGGAAAUGCCAUCAUCAAUGAGCUCUCACAAGAUGGUCAACGCUUCAACAUCACAGCCAUAACGCGGCCCACCUCGACUUAUGUUCCAUCAAAGCCUUUCAACAUCACCCACAAGACCACGGACUACACUUCUUUAUCGGCCCUCAUCCAGGCAUUCACCGGCCAAGAUACAAUUGUGAACUGCAUCACCGGCGGUGCCACUCAAUACGACCAAUCAAAGCUCAUCAUCGAUGCUGCUGUAGCAGCAGGGGUAAAGUACUUCUUCGCGAACGAAUUUGUCGGACACGUUACGAGUCCACAGUAUCGCCGUAUGCCAGAAGCUUACAUCGGUGCGAAGUUCAGAAUUCGAGAUUAUCUGGGAGAGCUCGCUGCGGCAGGAAGAAUCACCUGGACAAGUCUGAACGGCGGACCGUUCUUCGACUUGUGGCUCAUGAAAGGGCCUGCUGGGUUUGACAUUGCGACUCGGCAGGCGCGGAUCUAUGGGACGGGAAACAACCCGCUGUUCUGGACGCCAUUGCCAACCAUUGCACGAGCUGCAGGGAACAUGUUAAGGAGCCCAGAUGCUGUUGCGAAUCGACCAGUCUACAUAUGUCCUUUCGCUAAGGGCGAGCUUACCCAGAACACACUUUUGGCUGCUCUCCAGUCUGCUCUGGACAGUGAGUUUACAAUUGAGACUGUCGAUGUGGCAAAGAUCAACAAACACGCAAUAAUCGCAUUGGAAAGAGGGGAGGAAGGAAAAGCUAUGAAAGGCUUGGCAGUCAGCAACCAGUUCUACGAAGAAGAUAGCGGGGGCGAUUUCAGUCACCUGACAGAGAACGACCUUGUGGGUGUAGAGAUGACGAGCGUGGAAGAAGCGGUCCGAGAUGCCCUUGCAAAAUGGGGUCGGGAUUGUCCGGUUGUGGAGGGCAUGUUCAGAGUCGAGGCUUGCGAGAUCUCAGAAGGAGAAAGAUAA